CCGAAAGGCUGGGUAUUGUAUCACAGAUUCGUCAGUCUUAUGAAGCAUGUCACCGAAACUCUAAUCUUUCCGUUCUGAAUCGAAUGAACAGCGAUCUCCGUCUCCAGUUCACUGAGAUGGAAACGAAGUACAGAUCUGUCAACGAAACCAAGGCUCAAAUCUGUGAAUUUUUGACCAGCAGAAGAGAGCAAACGUGUUCCAAGGACUGGGUCACAAAUAAAGACCGGUGUUAUUACGUAUCCACUUUUGAAACAUCUUUCCACAAAGCGAUGCAGGAAUGUUCAAACCAUGAUUCAAGGCUGCUGGAAAUCAAUUCAAGUGAUGAAGCGCGUUUCGUCUCCGACAAUCUUGUGUACCCGGCCCAUGCAUAUUGGAAUGGAAAAUGCGAAGACGGGAAUGUGGGCUUGGCCCUCCUGUACAAUGUGUCCCCGGGGACGUCCGACUGCAGACAGUGUGAUCACUACGGAAGGAGGUAUGCUUGCCAUCGAAAUCACCGUUUCAUCUGCGAGAAAUCGGCGCCCUUGUUCCCGGAUAUUCCUGAAAACAUCCAGGAUCUCUGUCGACAGCAAGUGGAGAGGACAUGAAUCAAGUGAUUAUCCCCAUUUUCUCCUUCUCUCCCCUUCACUCUCACUUCCCGAUGCUGUAAAAUUCCCUCCCCACCCUUUCUGCCCCUCCGUCCUAUUCCAUCUGCUCCUCUUGUCUCAACCAUAUCCUCCCCACCACACUCCGACAAACCCCUCUCGCCGUCUAUCCCUUCGUUCUCACCAUUUUUCCUCCGCCCCCGUCCCGCUCUUUCCCGAUACAUCUACCUUUCUCUCUAACCCCUCUGCUCCCCUUAUUUCCUCGAACUUUCACCGCCCGCACACUUUCUGCUCCCUCUACCCACCUUUUACACCUCUCUCACCUUCCCUCCCCUUGGCACUCUCAAACUCCCAUACCCGUUGUAUCUAAACACUCCGGCUCCCUGAUCCCUCUCUCUUUCUCCUUUCCACUCACUCUCACAUCAAUCCUGUGCUGUCUGGUUCUCGAUAACCCAACCCUGGGUGAAUGUCUGUGCGCAUUCCCUCUGUCUGUGCCCCUCUCGUGUUUACAGAACUCUGUAAGGUUGUAACUCCGCUCCAGGGAAUAAAGUCCCAACUUUCCCUCCCUCCCACCAUAACUCAGUCCUCCGAGAUCCGCCAAUACCCCCGUAGAACUCCCUGGACAAUGUAUCCAGUUCAUUGACAUUUCUCCUAAAGCAGGGCGGGCUCACCGACGUCUUGUACCACGCAACGUGACCUCCCGACUCCUGUAGUUAGUGAGACUGGUGAAGACCAGCGGGCCAAGUGUCCUGUCCACCCUAUCGGAUGUUUUCCACCGGAAUCGCUAUUUCAAUUAUUAUCUGAAGCUUCUAACCCCGGGAAUUUGUUCUUUUAAAGCAUCAGUACGGAGCAAUAUUUGUAAAUUCCAAAUAUUAAUAAACUGCGCAGUAAUGUC